AUGAAGGACGCCGUGGCCCGCACCAAGAACUUCAGCACGGAGGCCUCCUCCACCACCACCACCACGCGACAGCCCUCCCCCCUCUCCUCCGCCGUCUCCGCCGCGUCGCCGCUCCCUACUCCCACCACAGAGCCCCUCUCCCGGCACGCCGCCAGCGGCUGGCUCAACAAACUCGGCGACAAGGGGCUGAUCAAGUCGUGGAAGAAGCGGUGGUUCGCCCAGCGAGCCGAGCGGCUGUACUACUACGAGACCAAGGAGGAGACCGGCCUGAAGGGGUUCGUCGACCUGACCCUCGUCACGGCCGUCGCCGAGUCGCCCAAGGUCAAGCACGGCUUCGAGCUCCGCACCAAGGACCGCAUCUACUACCUCCAGGCCGCCACCGACGACGAACGCGCCCAGCUGGACGGACGGUCACCACAGAAGGCGCCGACCACGCCGACCCCAUCGGCCGGCGCCACCACCAGCAGCAGCAACGGCGGUCCCACGCCGUUGAGCCAAAGCGCGCGGCGCACGCUCUCCUUCUCGCAGAACCCGCAGCAGAACGACGGCCCGCAGCGAAAUCGGGGCGAGACGGUGCCCGUGGCGCCGGCGGGUGAGGCGUGGGCCUACGGGACCCGCGAGCGGGCGCCCUCCCUCGUCGCGGAGCCGGCGGGCGUGUCCACGGGCCGCGCCGCCCGCGAGCUCUCCAUCGAACGGAGCGGCGGGGCCGACCAGUCGGGCACGACGCCCAGCAGCUUCCGCGAGGAGGAGAUCCGCGCCCUCCAGCAGAAGCUCCUCUCGCUCGAGGCCAAGCUCGACACCUCCGCCAAGAGCGUGCCCACGCGCGCCCUCGCCCCCGACACACCCUCCUCCUCGUCGUCGUCGUCGCCCUCCACCUCGCCUUCGCCUUCGCCCUCCACCCACGCCCCGGCCAUCACCUCCCCUGCCCCGGCCGCCGCCGCCGCUGCUGCAGAGGAGCAGCUGCGGGCGAUGGAGAAGAAACUGGCGGCGGCCGAGGAGGAGGCCAGGCGCGCCACGGCUCGGCUCGAGCACCUCAAAGAAAAGUACAGCGCCAGCAAGCACAAAACCAAGACGGCAGAGCAGCGGAUCGAGGGCCUGACGGAGGACGUGAACCACCUGACCAAGGAGAGCAGGGCCAAGGACGAACACAUCGCCUCGCUCAAGGCCUCCGCGGCGUCCAGCGCCUCCAGCGCCGCACCGCCGGCUACUCAGCUGGAGGAGACCAUCGCGCAGCUGCGUCAGGCCACGCAUGCCCACCAGACCCAGAACGCCUACCUCGCCUCCGAGAUCAAGAAGCUGCAGCGAGAGCACACCAUCGAGCUGGCCUCCCGGGACGAGCAGCUCGACGGCCUGCGCGCGCAGCUGGAGCUCGCACGCAGCAGCUCCGCCUCCGAUAGCUCGAUCGAGGCCGAGUUCGCUGCCCUGCAGAGACUAUAUUUCUCGGCAUUGGCCGUGGGGAUCAAGCUCAACCUCAUGCUCCAGGGCCAGCCCUGCAACAUCGACGCCGCCUCCCUCUGGAGCAAGGCGCAGGCGCUCAACCUGCACUUCUCCAAGUGGAACGAAUGGGUCCUCGCCCGAUACGAGGAGGCCUUCGACGACUGA